CACAUUAAUUUUUUUUAAUAGAUAUAUGUAGAAGUUUGAAUUUAACGAAAUUAAGAAUUUUAACAAUCAUUAGCGAUGAUAAUUAUUUUUAUAAAUCAAAAACAUGAACCGUAAGAAUUUAAAACUUUUAUGUAGGUAUAGGUAUUAUGCAUUGUUUAUACUCAAUAAUAUUUUAAAAAUAUUAUGUUGAUUUACUUUAAUUUAUUAUACAUGUAUAGUUCGAAUGUAUUCAAACUGUUUGAUGGCAAAGAGCAGUUAUUUACUCAAUAGUUAAUGACAAUAUUAUAAUAGGGACAAUAGGGUAUAAAUUAAAAUAUUUGCAUACUAUGAUUUAUCAUCUGAUUCAUAUUUAAUAUAUCAAUUAUAUAGUGAUCCCCUCGACCCAUUUUAAAUAUUAGAACGAUAUUUGUUAUUUUAUCUUUUUUUUUCGUCGAAAGACCGAAACUAAAGUUUAUGGAUUUUAAUUAACUCUGUUGUUGAAAUAAGCACAUAAGAGUACACGCACACAACAAUAUAUUAGGUAUAUACACUAUCUAUCACUAUUUAUUGAUUUGUAAAUAGUUUCGCUUCAUUUAAAAUUAAUGCAGUUGUAAUUAUUAUUUUUAUAUAUUAUAUCAGUUGUAUAAAUUAAUACAAUAAACAAACUUACUAUAAGUACGUUAGUGUUAAGAAUUUUUUGUAGACUUUUUGUAGUUUUCUACUCUAUUUUAAUACGAUAUUUACAUCUACGUGUGCACUAAUCAACGCAGUUAAUUUUAUAUUUCAGUUUCAGAACUAUCUAAAAACAGUUCGUAAUAAAAACAAUAACAUGCAGUCUUGGGUUAACGUAUCAAUGACUAUUUGUUUUUGAAAAAAAUUCAAUUUGGUACACCUUUUUAAAAUAUAUAUGUAUAUGUUGGCAUUGUCAUAUUGAUCAGAGUGUGAAUAUAUAUUUGAGUAAUGCUUUUAUGCCAUUCAGUCCAUUCAAAGUAACCGUAAUAAUGAACACGUCGUUUUAUACAAUGAAGUUAUUUGUGUAUUAUAUUAUUGCCGGUUUGAUAACAAAUAAAACUGUCGGCGCGUUACAAAUUCUUGCGAUAGAAUAUAUUCCCGCUAGGAGUCAUUGGAAUUUUAUGAGUGCAAUUCUUCAAUCUUUGUCUGAUAAUGGUCAUAAUGUUACCGUAUACACUCCAUUCCAAGCUGGAAAUCGGAGUAACUACACAGAAAUCAAUUUGGAAUUACCAUCAAACGUCGGAAUGGAUGCCAUAGAAACGUUAAAAAUGUUUGGAAAACCUACGGAUAUGAUAAUUACCGUCAUGAACAUGACUCGUCAUUUUUGCAAUAUUGCACACGAACAAAAGGAUAUUCGAGAAUUAUUAAACAGUGGUAAAUCAAACUAUGAUAUUAUUAUCACUGAAACAGCCUCGUCAGAAUGUUCAUCUUAUGUAGCUUCUAAAACAAACUUGCCAAUGAUAUACGUAGUCCCUUCGCCAAUGCUUACCCACAUCGAACAUAGUGUAUUUGGAGACGGGCCGAAUCCAGCAACAGUAUCAAAUCUGUUUUCUAAUCAUGCAGUACCUAGAACAUUUGCUCAACGAUUAUCAAAUUUUAUUCUUUUGGGUACUAGUUUGUUCGCAUUAAUAUAUAAAGAAAUGGAACUGAAAAAAAUUGACCCACAACCAUAUGAUUUGGUGAAACCUAAAAAACCGUCGUUGGUGUUCAUGAACACCCAUUACAUAACCGAUGCGCCAAGACCUCUGCCUGCAAAUGUCAUUCAAGUUGGAGGAAUACAUUUAAAAUCACCAAAUAGCAUACCGAACGAUAUACUGGAGUUUAUUGAGAACUCACCACAUGGAGUGAUUUAUUUUACAUUUGGUUCAAUCAUUUUAAUGUCAACAUUACCAGAUCAUAUUCAAAAUGCGUUUAAAGAAGCAUUAGCACAAGUACCUCAGAGAGUUUUAUGGAAAUAUGAAGGAGAAAUGAAAGAUAAACCAAUUAAUGUAAUGACGAGUAAAUGGUUUCCUCAGCGUGAUAUACUUAUGCAUCCCAAAGUAAAAUUAUUUAUUAGUCACGGAGGUAUAUCUGGUGUAUAUGAAGCUAUAGAUGCAGGUGUUCCUGUUCUUGGAUUCCCCUUAUUCUACGAUCAACCUAGAAACAUAGACAACUUAGUUGAAGCAGGAAUGGGAAUGUCAAUGGAUCUGUUAACAGUACAAAAGGAUGAAUUCUUAAAAAAUAUUUUAGAACUCACUAAUAAUGAAAAAUACACAAAAAAUGCUAAAAUCACUUCUGAAAGAUUUAAAGACCGACCGAUGUCACCAGCAGAAUCAGUUGUUUACUGGACAGAGUAUGUAGUUCGUCAUAAUGGUGCACCACAUUUAAAAACUCAAGCAUUUAAUUUAACGUGGUAUCAAUACAUUUUAUUGGAUGUUGUUGCUGUUAUAUUAAUUGUUAUCUUUUUAGUUAUUUUUAUCACUUUCAAAGCUUUUAAAAUUAUAUAUAAUACAUUUUUAAAAAAUUCUCAAACGAUUAAACCAAAAUCAGAAUAAUUUGAAAACUAACUAUCUACAUAAUAACGAGUGUGAUAUAAAAUGUGGGAAGGAAUUCAGAAUUCAAUAAACAUACUUUAAUUUUCACAUCAUUCAUAUCAUUCGUAUCAUUCCUCAAGUAACAUCAAAUUUUUAUUUAUUUAUGUUUAAUUGAUAUUUUAUAAAGAACUACUUUUUAAGUUAAAACUUAUGACAGUAGUACAUACCAUUUAAAACAAGCCAUAAUAUUAUGUGUAUUAUAAACCAAUUCUUGAUAACGAGCUGAUAUGUUUUAAUGUUUAUUAUGUUUCAUUAUUAAUUUAAGAACAGCAGUAUUAAUUUACGAUUUAAUUAUAAAAUUUAUAAUAUUUUAAUUUAAUUUAAUUUAAUUACUAUGACUGUUUAAAUGUUUUCAUGUAUACUGUUAUGAUUUUAAAUGUGUAUCGUUUAUUAAGAUCUUAGAUAAUAAAUAAUAUUCAAAUAUUAGUUUAUUUCGGUUGAUAGUAAAAUUCAGCUAAACUUAUGUAACAUAUUAUUGUUUUGUAAGUUUAAUUUUUUUUUAAAAAUUUAUCGUUAUUGUAUGAUAUGUUGUUACACUUUGUUUUAUUACCUACAAGUGCAGCUUUUUUUUAUAUUGUAACGUGCCACGUACAAGCAACCAAAUGAUGUAAUGUUGAAUGGGUUAAUUGUAAAAAAUGUAGACUGGUUAAAUUA